AUCAUUUGUCAAUUGACAACGACAUAUCGUGUUCGUUGAACGAUAGAGUUUAUUUAUAUUAUAAAUUAUUACGACAAAUACUGCUGUAUUUCUUUAAUAAUGAAUUUAAUCAUCUGACUAAACUUUAGGGAAAGGAACAGUUAAGAGAUAAUUUAAAAAAUCUUUAUUCAUCACAAUGAAUUUAAAUAUUAUUAUUCUCUGUGUCGUCGUUCUCGUCACAGAUAUAAAAAGUGAACGACUGCAUGGUCAAAUAUAUUCUUCGAUUGAAGGAAGUGCAGCUUGUUUCAGACGACUCAAUGGCACACAUCAAAUGGGAUGUUCAUCAUCAGAUAAUGGUGCAGUUGGUGUGGUACAUAUGAUAUUUGAUGUGGCUGAUGCAGAAUGGAUAGUUCAUAAUUCAUCUGCCGGACCCUAUGUUGGAGUUGUCAGUACAUUACUGUUUCACAGUGUAAUAGAUCUUUUGAUUAGUGAACCCAGUAAUGUAGCUGGUAUUCUGCUUUAUGAUAAUGCAACUAUGAGGCCAAGUGCAUUCAGUCAAGAGUCGAGGUGCCCAAAUGAAUACUCCUCAGGUCCAGGUAGUACUUGCUCAUCCUCAGAAGCUGGUGGCAUCGUGUGGAAUGAUCAUGGCACAGGAUUACUCCGAAGGGAUGUUCCAUUCCCAAUGUUCUUCCUCCCCGAGUCUAAGAGUGAUGAAAUGGUCAAGAUCAUAAAAUGUUUCAACAAAUAUAAUAUUGAUAAAACUGAACAAAAAGGACAACCUCUUUGCUCGCUUCAAUUAAGUUCAUUUAUGUAUGCCGCAGUGAACAGUGCAGUUUGCUUACGAAGAUCUGCAUCAUCAGCUUUUCUGACGCCAACCAAAGUUUGUGACCCACUCGGCGACUAUAAUGUGUAUUACUCACUAUUUCCACGACUACAAGAAACGGAAGGGGAAAAUAAACCUGUAGCAUUAGUUACUGCAAGAAUUGACUCGGCUUCCAUGUUUGACGGUAUUGCCCCGGGGACGGCAAGCUCAGCGGUCGGGAUGACGACGCUCAUUGUUGCAGCGGCUACUCUGUCGCAAAUGAUACCUGUUAAUGAUUCCAAAUUGUAUGCUCGCAAUGUGCUAUGGACAUUAUUCAACGGCGAAUCGUUCGACUACAUUGGUUCGCAACGUGUGGCCUUUGACCUCAGUCGAGGGAUGUGGCCUCCGGUGAACCCACUGUCUCCCAGUGAUGUUAAGCUACACAUAGAGAUCGGUCAAUUGGGCGGGUCUUUGGAUGCGUUCAAAGAGAACGCCUCUUGGCCUAUGUAUGCGUUCGCUCCGUAUGCUGAUGGUGAUGCAAUACCGCCUGAGAUAACAGAAUUCUUAGCUGAAAUUUCACAAUCUGUCACCAAACACAACAUGACAAUAGACCCAGUUUUUACCAAAAAUUUGCCGCCAUCUUCCCUGCACUCGUUCAGAAAGAUACUUCAGAACGCAACACUCAGUGGGAAAUUACCUGAAGUUCUAUUGGCGGAUCAUAUGGAUACUUUUACGAAUAUGUACUACGAGUCUGCCUUGGAUUUGUAUGAUAAGAUUGACUACUCGUACCACAAUAUAAGCAUCAAUGCUGAUGGCAAAUUUAUACCAACAGAAGAAUUGUUAACAAAUGGGACAAUGACGCAGAAUGAGACUCAAGUGAAGAUAGCACGGAUAGCGACUGCUUUGGCACAAACUUUGUACCAGCAGGUGGUUGGUAAACCCUAUGUCGGAUCUGUAGAAGCGUCGGCACAUUUGGUGGACGAAAUCCUGUACUGCCUGUUGCAAAGCCAAGCGUGCCGGCUGAUGUCCGCCGCGGACUACGCGAGCAACACCGAGGAAGUGACCACCGAGCGGGCGGCGUCGCUGUACGUGGGCGUCGCCGCGUGGGCGAACACGCCGGCCGUGUACGCGGGCCACGUGCUCGCGCUGCUCACCGGCGAGCGGCUGCCGGCCAACCGGACGGCGUGCGACGCGCUCGACACGCCUGGAUUCUCGUAUUACUACUUAAGAGGAUGGAACCACUCCGGCGUGUGCAUUCAAACAACAAUGAACUUCAGCCAAGCUGUUAGCCCAGCGUUUAUUAAAACGGACUACGACUUUUCAUCCGGCGAGUACUCCACAUGGACGGAAUCAGUGUGGCAAACGAUGUGGGUGCGAGUAUUCGUCACCGCGGGGGGCGGGGGCGCUCGCCUCGCCGCAAUCACCGGCGUGUUCGCUACGCUUGUAGCGGCACUAGCUACGUACUGGCUACAGACAUACUCGCAUGUUAUAUUCCCAGCAUUCCCAUCUGCUACGCUGGUUGCAGAUACGGCGCCUGGGAUUUUGCGGACUGUGAACUGUUAGAUUAAGUUUAGAAUGUUAGUUUCGUUUAACUACCCCAUAACAUUCCAUAGAAUAAAAUUGUGUACAACCACAACUAUCCAAUAGAAAGAAGAAAAUUCUGUAAUAAAUCCUUUCGUUAAAUAAUUUAGAUCUUUUCUUAUUUGUUUUGUAUUUGUUUUAAUUUCAAUCAAAAUAUUGAACCCAUUACAUGUAUAUUGUAUUGCACUUAUGUAAGGAAAAAGAGUAUUAAUUGUUACAUUGAUCUCUGUAAAUUAUACGCAAAAGUUAAAAUUCAAUUUGUAACAAUACUAGCAAAUUUUCUUGUUUUAUUUUUUAAUUUAACUUAAUUAUUUGGUAGAUUUAAAGUCUAUUUAAUAAAUGUGUUUUUCUCAA